AUGUCUACAGCCUUAACCACUGGUUCUCACUCCCGAAAUGGACACCGUUUCACCCAUUGUGACUCAGAUGAGGAAAAUGGAGACUACAAUCCACAGCAGUGGCAACACACUGGUCAAGUUUUCUCUUUGGCUGGAAGUGUUGCUAGUAAGGAUUUUGAAGAGCAGAAAGCAUUAGACAGCAAUGCAGAGAAUUGGAAAGAAAAGAGAGGUCUAGUGAGCAAUGACCAAGGAGAAGAUAACUACAUUUUGGCUGAGGCAAGGAAACCAUUGUGGCGCAAAGUUCCAAUAGCUUCAAGCCUAAUCAACCCAUAUCGCAUAGUCAUAGUCAUGCGCCUUGUUACCCUAGCUUUGUUCUUCCACUUCCGCAUCUUAAAUCCAGUGAAUGAUGCAUUAGCCUUAUGGAUAAUCUCUGUAGUCUGUGAAAUCUGGCUUGCUUUGUCUUGGAUAGUUGACCAAUUCCCCAAGUGGUUCCCCAUUACUCGUGAAACUUACCUAGAACGCUUGUCCUUAAGGUUUGAGCGUGAAGGGGAACCAAACCUUCUAGCCCCAGUUGAUGUCUUUGUGAGUACUGCAGACCCUUUGAAGGAACCACCUAUUAUAACAGCAAACACACUUCUAUCAGUCUUGUCUGUUGAUUAUCCUGCUGAGAAGGUUAGUUGCUAUGUCUCAGAUGACAGUGCAUCUAUGCUUCUCUUUGAUACCUUGUCAGAAACUGCUCAGUUUGCAAGAAUGUGGGUUCCUUUUUGUCACAAGUAUAACAUUGAGCCAAGGGCCCCUGAGUUUUAUUUCUCUCAGAAAGUUGAUUACUUGAAAGAUAAGGUGCACCCCACAUUUGUAAGGGAUCGAAGAGCCAUGAAGAGAGAGUAUGAAGAAUUCAAGGUGAAAAUUAAUGUAUUGGUUGCAAAGGCUCAGAAGAAACCAGAAGAGGGGUGGGUGAUGCAAGAUGGUACUCCAUGGCCUGGGAACAACACUGAAGAUCAUCCAGGAAUGAUUCAGGUGUGUCUGGGAAGUGCUGGUGCACUGGACAAUGAAGGCAAGGAACUGCCGCGGCUUGUGUAUGUUUCACGGGAAAAACGUCCUAGCCAUCAACAUCACAUGAAAGCUGGUGCCAUGAAUGCUCUGGUUCGAGUUUCUGCUGUGCUUAGCAAUGCACCGUUUGUGUUGAAUCUGGAUUGUGACCAAUACAUGAAUAAUAGCAAGGCUCUUAGGGAGGCUAUGUGCUUUUUAAUGGACCCCCAAUUUGGAAAGAAGCUGUGUUAUGUUCAAUUUCCACGAAGGUUUGAUGGCAUCGAUUCCAAUGAUAGAUAUGCUAAUCACAAUACUGUAUUCUAUGAUAUCAACAUGAAAUGCUUUGAUGGGAUUCAAGGUCCGGUAUAUGUUGGUACUGGAUGUGUUUUCAACAGGCAUGCAUUAUAUGGCUAUGAGCCACCAUCUGAGAAAAUGCCAAAGAUGAACUGUUUCUGCUGGCCUUCAUGCUGCUGCUGUUGUUCUAGUGACUCUCAGUCCACAUUUGAUGAUGUUGAAGAGAUUCAUGAAGGGCUUGAAGGCUUUGAAGAGAAAGAGGAACCAUCCUUCAUGUCGCUGAAAAAUUUUAAGAAAAGAUUUGGACAGUCACCAGUUUUCAUUGCAUCUGCUUUGAUGGAAGAUGGUGGACUUCCAAAAGGGACCAAUACCCGGUUACUGAUCAAGGAAGCCAUUCAUGUUAUAAGCUGUGGCUAUGAAGAGAAAACCGAAUGGGGCAAAGAGAUUGGUUGGCUUUAUGGCUCAGUCACAGAAGACAUCUUAACUGGGUUUAACAUGCAUUGCAGAGGAUGGAAAUCAGUGUACUGCAUGCCAAAGAGAGCAGCUUUUAAAGGAUCUGCUCCUAUAAAUCUAUCAGACCGAUUACACCAAGUUCUGAAAUGGGCUAUGGGUUCUACUGAGAUUUUCCUUAGUGGCUAUUGCCCAUUAUGGUAUGGCUAUAGUGGAAAACUGAAAUGGCUACAGAGGCUGGCUUACACUAAUAUGAUUGUUUAUCCAUUCACUUCCAUCCCUCUGCUGAUAUACUGUACAAUUCCAGCUAUCUGUCUUCUGACUGGAAAGUCCAUCAUCCCCAUUCUGACAAACUUUGCUGGCAUUUGGUUAAUGACUCUAUUUAUGUCCAUCAUUUUAACUUGUGUGUUAGAGCUUCGUUGGAGUGGGGUUAGCAUUCAGGACUGGUGGCGCAAUGAGCAAUUCUGGGUCAUUGGUGGUGUAUCUGCACACCUUUUUGCUGUAUUUCAAGGUCUCCUAAAAGUUGCUGGAAUAGACACUAAUUUUACCGUGAGAGCAAAAUCAGCAGAUGACACUGUUUUUGGACAGCUCUAUGUCUUCAAGUGGACUACUCUUCUCAUCCCACCAACAAGCCUUGUAAUCUUGAAUAUGGUGGGAAUUGUGGCUGGAAUCUCUGAUGCCGUUUACAAUGGCUAUGACUCAUGGGGCCCUUUAUUUGGGAAGCUUUUUUUCUCUUUCUGGGUCAUUGUGCACUUAUAUCCUUUCCUCAAAGGUCUAAUGGGAAGGGGAAACAGAACCCCUACCAUAGUUGUCCUCUGGUCAAUACUUCUAGCAUUAAUUUUCUCAAUGAUUUGGGUGCGAAUUGAUAUUUUCUUACCAAAGCAAACUGGUCCAGUACUCAAACAAUGUGGGUUAGAAUGCUAA